GCCAUCUGCAUCCAGUGAGAGGUGUUUGCUCUGUAAGUCAGCGGAAGUGGGGCUCGUCCUGCUUUCUCUGAUGAUUCAAACUCUUACAACUUUAUUUAUUCUAAAGAGUCUUCUCCGGCCAAAGGCAGCGCUCUAAAGUCCUGCUCUUCCUUGGUGGACAUGUGCUGUUGGUGCUGAGGAGGGGACAUCACAACGUAGCGAGUCGGAGCGCUGCGUUUGCGUCUCCGCUGCUGUGCGCGCGCAGGACGCAUCCUCUUCGCGCAGAGCGUCAGUCAUGAACAGGUUUCAGCUGGAACGCUCGACACAGUUCAUCUUCUAGCAGCAUACAGACUCUUUUGAGGCUGGAAAUAAAAGAAAUGUUGCCUGGGCAACGCACCGGUAAGUGAAGGACGGCGGGGCGCUGUGGAGACGGAUCUCCGGCGAGGCUUCAGCAUCUCGGCACUCCGCGGGAAGGAGAGGCGACACCGAGGAGGAGAGACGAGGGGAAAAUGCUCAAAGUUUCUCCGUGCUGUUCACAAGUGCGACCCCGCAGCAGCUGCAGAACAUGAGCAGGAAAUAAACGAAGAAUGCAUGUCGUCUGGGAUUUAUCUGUGAUUCUGCAAAUUUACAUCCUCUGGACUUCGUCAGCUCAGCCUAUUACAUCAAAGCUCGAUGACGCUUGGUGGGCCUACAAAGAUGUGGUCCAGGGAAGCUUUGUUCCAGUCCCAUCCUUCUGGGGUCUGGUGAACUCAGCCUGGAACCUGUGUGCCAUUGGAAAGAGGCAGUCCCCCAUUGACAUAGAAACCAGCCACAUGAUCUUUGACCCGCACCUGACCCCGCUCAGGCUCAACACAGGAGGGCGGAAGAUGGGCGGCACCAUGUACAACACAGGGAAGCAUGUGUCGCUGCGGCCGGACAAAACCCACCUGGUGAACAUCUCUGGAGGCCCGCUGGGCUACAGCUACAGGCUGGAGGAGAUCCGUCUUCACUUUGGAAGUGAAGACUCUCUGGGAUCCGAGCACCUUCUGAAUGGGCAGGGCUUUCCUGGAGAGGUCCAGUUGAUCCAUUAUAAUCAGGAUCUAUACACCAACUACAGCGAGGCAGCUAAGAGCCCACAUGGCAUCGCCGUGGUCUCCAUCUUCAUUAAGCUCUCUGAGAACUCCAACACGUUCCUCAACCGCAUGCUCAACAGAGACACCAUCACCAGAAUUAACUACAAACAUGAUGCCUUCCUAUUAAUGGGCCUGAACAUGGCUGACCUGUACCCCGACACCACGCGCUACAUCACGUACGAGGGCUCCAUCACCAUCCCGCCCUGCUACGAGACGUCCACGUGGAUACUCAUCAACAAGCCGGUCUAUGUGACGCAGAUGCAGAUGCACUCUCUGCGCUUGCUUAGCCAGAACGAGCCAUACAAGAUCUUCCUGAGCAUGAGCGACAACACCCGACCCACCCAGCCUCUGCUGCAGCGCUGCAUCCGAACCAACAUCAACUUCAGCAAGCAGGGCCGUGACUGCCCUAACAACCGCGCCCUCCGCCCACAGUACAGAGUGAACCAGUGGCUCCUGAAGUAGAUCACGGUGUGAAGCUGCGGCGCUUGGUGAGGAGAGGCAGGAACCAUCCAGCUCCUCGUCGCUGCAGAACUGGGCUUAGCUGAACAAAUAACAGAUGAACUGAAAGAAAAACCCAAAGGCUGCGCAUCACUAAAGACAGCUUUACUAAACUGACAUCAGCCCAGCCGGCUGAGCUCCAGACCAACUGCUGUGCAGGCCUCCCACACAUCUCCAGUCCAACACGAGUCACCGAGGCCGGCACAGCAAGUGCACAGGUCAGUCCAACGUGAGAAACAGACCGUCGGGACUCUGAUGCCGGCACCAUUUUGUGUUUCGGUUGUGUUGUUAUGAAAUCAGAACAAACUCCUUCAUUUCCUGUCUGGUUUCAGAGUGAAAAGUGUUAUCCAGAGACAAACGCGUGUGAGAUAUCAGGCUGUGAUGUACGCUAGACACACACACACACACACACUGGAACUGAACCCAGCAAUAAGAAACACCCAGCUUUGCUACAGUACUUCCUUUAACAGCUAGAUUUUCAUUAAAAAAUCAUUUUGGCGGGCACAACACUGGGUUUGUGUUUACAUCUACCAGCCAGUAGAGGGCACCAUUGUGAAUUGCCAGGCAGCGAGGUUGGCUCUGUAGAAAAUGGCAGACUCGGGAUGUCAAGCAUCUGCCUCUGAGCCCAGAAGAUGUUGUUAUCCUUCUCAGAGAAAGAGCAGCCAUCAAAAAUGUAAAGCCAGAGUGAGUUUAGGUGAAGCCUACAGCUCUUGGACCCAAAUAUAACAUGACGCGUAUCGACAGUGAACCUGGUAUCCCGCCGGCUGGAAACCCUGUCCUAUUGUUGCAACUACAACCUCCACACACUAGAUGUUGCUUUGGUAUUCGUGCUCCGCAUUCCACCUUUCAGUGGUUCCAGGUGUCCUAAGGCAGCUUUUAGACUAUUACCAAGAAGCGCUUUAGUGGCUGAUUAGCUGAGCCAGAGAACAGCUGAGCCUCUUCAGCCCGCUGUUCCUAGGUUGGUCCUCUAGUGACUGGUCACUCUGGUGGUGGUGGGUUUGUGUGGCGUGGGCCUAGACAACAUACGUGUUGGAGGUGGGUAUUCUCCAUUCCUCGCUGAACAGCUGAGGAAGGAUCUGCUAAGGGAGACCCGAACAGACGGAGGCUCUGGAGAUCUGAUGGAUGACUCACGUUGCAUGAUUCUGACUUAGUUCCCUCAUUUUCAUGGUUGAUUCUAACAGAUUUGUGAUUAAAACUCAGAUUGGAUGCAGUCCAUGGACGUAGUUUUGACUUUAGAAGUGUGUGGGGGUGGGGGGGGACACAACCGGCAUGAGCCAGUCACGUUAGCAUGUCUCAGCAGAGCCAAUAGAUGAGCGUAUAGAGUGUCAUUUGUUUUUGGACGGUAAAAAGUGCAGGGGACAAAAAUUGUGUUUGGACAGAAGAAUAAACCAUGUCCACGAUGCGGUCCUUUCAUGGCUGCAGACGUUUA